GCACACGUGGCCCCUCCCUCCCUCGGGCUGCGGCCGCUGCGGGUGCGCCAACGGCACCGGGCACCGGCACCGGCAUGGGCGUGCAUGUGGAGACCAUCGCCCCCGGCGACGGGCGGACGUUCCCCAAGCGCGGCCAGACCUGCGUGGUUCACUACACGGGGAUGCUGGAGGAUGGGAAGAAGUUUGACUCCUCCCGGGACAGGAACAAACCCUUCAAGUUCGUGAUGGGCAAGCAGGAGGUGAUCCGCGGCUGGGAGGAAGGAGUCGCCCAGAUGAGCGUUGGCCAGCGGGCAAAGAUGACCAUCUCCCCAGACUAUGCCUAUGGCUCUACUGGGCACCCAGGGAUCAUCCCCCCUAAUGCCACUCUGAUCUUCGAUGUGGAGCUCAUGAAACUGGAGUGAGCCACCCCAGCACCAUGCCCUCGGCAGGUUUGGCACACGGAGGGACCCAGACUGUCAGCUUCCCAGAAGAGUGCGACCUGACUCUGCCUACCACACCUCAUCGUCUCACCUCCGCCUCUGGUCACUAAGCUUUGCCUCUGACCCCCCCCUCCCUGCCUGCUGGUUUUGAGUCCUUUUUAAACUACAGAGCUGGAAACCUCAA